ACACACCUCCUCUCUCCUACUGGCGUUCCAAACCCCCCCUUCCGAGCUCUUCUCCGCUUUUCUCGGCUUCUGUUCAAGCAAGCGAGAGCAUGGGGAAAGGGCCUGGUCUUUACUCCGGCAUCGGAAAGAAAGCUCGAGAUCUUCUACACAAAGAUUACCAGACGGAUCACAAGUUCACAGUCACUACCCAAUCGCCAACUGGAGUUGCCAUAACCUCAUCAGGGUCAAAGAAAGGAGAUCGAUUUGUGGCUGAUCUUAAUAUUAAGCUUAAGAGCAAAAAGAUUACCACAGAUAUCAAAGUUGAUAGCAACUCAAAUCUUUACACAACUAUUACUGGUGAUCAACUUGCUCCUGGAUUGAAGACAAUUUUUAGCUUCAGAGUUCCUGAUCAAAGAUCAGAAAAGAUUGAAGUUCAAUAUUUACACAAGUAUGUCGGAAUAAACACCAGUGUUGCUUUGACAGCCAGCCCAGUUAUCAACUUCUCUGGGGUCGUGGGAACUAAUGAUGUAGCUCUUGGCACUGAUGUGGCUUUUGACACAAAGGCUGGAGCUUUUACCAAAUAUGAUGCUGGAUUGAGCGUCACAAGUUCUGACCUCGUUGCCUCCUUGAGCCUGAGUGAGAAGGGUGACAUGCUGAGUGCCUCGUACUAUCACAACGUGAAACCAUUGACACAUACCUCUAUUGGGGCCGAGGUGAAGCAUAGGUUCUCAAAAGGCGAGAAUACCCUCACCAUCGGUACACAACACCAACUGGAUCCGCUGACGACAGUGAAGGCAAGGGUGAAUAACGCUGGCAAGGCGAGUGCCCUUAUCCAGCGUGAAUGGCGCCCCAAGUCCCUUUUCACUGUGUCAGGUGAAGUGGACACAAAGUCUUUUGACAAGAGCCCCAAGUUUGGGUUGGCUUUGACUCUCAAGCCAUAAUAUUAGUGUUUUCUGGAAUGGUUAGCUAUAAGCUACUUAGGGAUGAUUAACAAUUUACAGUUACAUCCUCAAAGGGACUGUUUCUCUUUUUAUGGUUGAUUUGAUUUGGCUGGCGGCAAUAUACUCUUUAGGUGUUGCAUCACAAAGCAAUAAUUGUGGCUUGACUAUCAACAUUGUUCUGCUGCUAUGCCUUCAGGUUUUUGGUUCUUAUAUUCUUGUUCGAGUGUCCUAUCUUCUACGGAGUAUGUUUUAAGUGGUUACGGAAUAUAUUGUAAUUUUACACCCUCUAUCCUUCAACUUUAGAGCUUUUUU